AUGACCAGCCUCGACCACCUCGUCUCUCAGUAUCCGGUGCUCUCGACGCUCGCAUCAUACGUCUCGUCGCUAGACCUCUUCAACCUGGCCUUGACCAAUCGCGCAAACCACUCCGCCAUUCUCAGUUCGCCGUCUUUGCGACGCCACUGUCUCUGCGACGGACAUGGCCUGCGUGACCGACAAGGCUUCGCCGGCGCAUACGCAAUUCCCAAGCAUGCAUACACGAAAGACUAUCAGUUCGGCGGCGAGGCCCGCAGUGACAACUGGCCGGAGCACAACGUGGGCGCCAUCAACGAGGACGAACCGAUUGAGGUGAGACUCUACAACAUCAAAUGCGACGAGGCCGGCGCACUGCCCUGCCGCCGGUGCGGCAUCAACGUGUGCGAAGAGUGCCGCUACUACCCGCGCAUCCGGCCCGCGCACAUGGACGGCCCCGUGCGGCGGCCCCAUCUCUCCCUGUCCUGCUUCAGCCACAACAUCAUGGGCUUCUGCCCGCCGUGCGACGCCCGGACCGAGAGCGAGGUCCGCGGCAAGUUCCUCAGCGAGCUGUGCGACUGCGACAUGUUCCGGCGCUGGAUCUGCAACAAAUGCCACCUCGAGGAGGAGCAGGAGUCAAAGGCCUACUACGCCAAGCACACUGACGAGUACGGCUGGAUUAUCGGGCCUCACUACGGGCCCUGUGACACAAAGACUGUCAUAAACCGCCAAAACGCCAUACAGCUGCUGUAUUGCCCCUGCGGCGCCAACGUCCCUCCUGAGAGCCGCUUGAGAUGCAGCUUAUGCAAACGCCGCCAUCUCCCCGAAUGGGAAUGGCGUCGCGAGAUACUGGAGGGCGGCACUGGAAUGCCGUGGUUUGACGAUGACCCAAACUACCCCCACUGGCUUCCGUAUUUAGGCCUGCCGACAAAAUACCCAGACCCAUACCCACCGCUAGCCGACAAGGAAGUGCUGCGGCGAGCGUUCCAAAUUGCCCGUACCGUGUGCAGCCGCGGUAGAAUGUGA